AUGGCACCGCAAUUUAAGAAACUCACCGACUGUCCGGAAAAUCUGCGGGAAGCCAUCGAUUGGCUUAUCCAAGUGAGGCAUGGUAAUGGUGAGAAUGGUGAGGGUCUUACCAAGUUGUCUCAAGCUUUGACAACCUUGAUACAAGAUGCAAUUGAUAAGGCCAGAGAAAGCAUCCAACACAAACAAGAUAAGCUUGAUUGCUCGAAAGAACUUUCUCUUGGUUUCACUUAUUGUAGACAGCUUGAUGGCCAAAUCAAGCAAGCUGAAGAGGAAAUUAAAAUGUUACACGAAGGCGAUAAAGCUAUGAAAGAUAAAUUAAAUUCGAAAAUAAACGGCAUCAAAACCCUUAAAGAAAAUUGUAUUAAAUCCCACUACAUUGAUGAACAACGUCGGUCUUCCCUCAGUCAGGAAAUCGAAGACGCCACUAAAGUUGUUAGAAAGCUAGAAGAAUUCACAAAGGAUCUUGAUAAUUCUAAAAAUGAUAAUAAUAUACUUAGUAAGCUAUGUUCCGGUCUCGAGACCUUCCUGGGUUAUACGUCUGGUAAUUAUACAGGCCAAGGCAUCGUGUACGGUGAUUGUGAUCGAUUUCGGGACGCUGUUCUAAUGUUCUUCCAUGGCGUGUUGGAUAGCGUUAAGGAGAAUGAGUCUGUUAUGACGUAUGAUAAAGAUCCAAACAACAAUCUUAGCAGCGCGCUCCUUAGAAUAAAGGAGCUCAUACAUCACGGCCAUGGAGCGUUUUAUCAGGCGUUUGAGGCUGUGAGUAGGGCGUUGCAGACGUGGGAUGAGGACUUGGCGAUGAGAACUAGAAACGUCAAUAAACAAUUCAGCAAUUUAAAAGAUGUAUUAGAAAAUGAAGUCAAUGAAUUCUCGAAGGAGCAGGGUAAUUCUCUAACAGAGCAAUUUGCCCGUUGGGAUGAGACCGCUGCGCACUUAGUUGACAUGACAGAUGCAGCCGACAAAAUGAUAGGAGAUUUAGAUUCUGGACUCCGAAAGAAACUUGAGCCUCCUGUAACGGCUAUUAGAGAGGCAGUGAAAAUGUUGAAAAGGUCGUCGUCGGACAACGGCAUGAUUAAGGUCGUUGACACUCUCCAGAAGACGUUGGACAACAUACCAGGGGAAGUUGAAAAGUUUAUCGAAGAUAACGCUAAUAAAACUGUGGAAAAACAUAAGAACCAGGUUGAAGACUUCAAAAAGAAUGUAAAAAGAGAUAUGAAUGCUUUGCGUGAUGCAUACGUAAAGGAACAUCUUGCGGUGGCCCAGACUGAUUUGUCUAUGGCUGUCAACACUUUCAGAAAAAAUGCUAAGAAUCUUGGAGGAUUGAAGAACACCGUGAUGCAUAAAGCGAUUGAAGCAAUUGAUAAAGUAUUUGAUAAUGUUGAUAAUGUCGUCGCCGAUAAUGGUACAUUAAAUGCGUUGGCAAGUGACCCAAUUAACGUGCAGACAAAAUUGAUUUAUCAGGAACUAAAUACAGAAUGGAAGCCAAGUGAUGGUUGGAAAAGUCUACGUUCUAAUAUAGGUAGACCUCAAGAUAUAUUCACCAACACAUAUGAAACUGGUUUGAAGAGUCUGGUUAACAAAACCAAAAAUGAUUUAGAUAAAGCUCUUGAGUGCGCCAGCAGCAAUGCCAAAAAUUUGGGCGGUUUGAAUAAUGAGGCAGUCAGGGCGGUUAUAAGUAAUAUUCAAAAAAAGUUGGAGGAAGUGGAUACUCAGAUUACUUCUAUGAAGCAGCUUAUGGGUUUGGAAAGUGAUUUUAUGGCUGGACAGAUUAGCACUAUUGCUCAUACAAAAAACCAGGGCGCUACAUCCGUGUCAAUUCAUGUAGAUGAUUUGAAUGUCACAAUUGGCAAGGCUGAUGCAAUAUUUAAUACAACCCACAACAAUACAUUGGAGGAGUUGGCAGGAAAAUCUCAAAAAACGUUGGCGCAUAUUUUUGCGAAGGCUCAAGAAUGCAUCGAGACGCACGGGGGAUUAAAUAAUGCUGUAGUUGUAAGUGUUAUGAGGGAAAUUGAAACGAAGUUGGAGACUGAAGCCGACAGAGUCGUUACCAUCGAAAAGCUUAAGCAGUUGAAAACUGGGUUCAUGGAAGGACAAAUUAUGAAAAUUACCAAGGCUAAAAACAGAGAAGGUAUAACGCUAUCAAGUCAUAUAAAUGAUCUGAGUGAAACUAUCGGUGAGCCCGAAGUAAAUUUUAAAACGUAUCAAGCCGCGUUAGAAAGUUUGGUUGAGCAGACAGAACAGACUUUGAAGAAAGCUAUCGAAAAUGCAAAAACAUAUCUUGAGACACCGCAAACCUCUCUUCAGAGAAAGAUGCUAGAUGCUUAUGGCAUUGUUUUGGGGACCUCGAACAAAACUAGAAUGGGUGAGGCUGCAGUUUUGGCGGGGCGUGUGGGGGAUGCGAUCAAACAGCUAAAUGUAUUCGCUAAAAAAUUCACAGGCAAACAUAAUAUAGAAGGAAAGUUCCCAAACCUAGAUAGUUAUGGCGAAGCAUUAAAAGAAGACGUCAGAAGGAAGUUAGAAACACAUGGCAAUGAUGAUGAUGAAAUAUCUCGAUGGAUUACGAGCUCCACUAGUAACUUGAUUUCUAGUGUCUUUAAAGAAGCAAACGAGCAAAUAAGUAAGGUUGAUAACGCUUAUCGGGUGGCAGUGGAUCGGGAACUUAACGCUAUCAAAUUGAAGAUAACAGAAUUUAAGAAUAAAGCCGAGAAAAAUGAGCUUGGAAAUUUUCACAGUAUAAUACAUUCUAAUUUUCAAUCAAUUAACAGAGCCAUCGACACUAAUUCAGCUUACCAGGAAGAUCACAAAUCUAGAACCGAUUAUUUCACAAAGGUUAUAGAAAUUAUAAAUCAUACCGUUGAUUCCCUUCAAACUGCCUAUCAAAAAGCCUAUCAGAGUUCUGCAAAGUCUUAUCUAAGCGGUGCGAUUCGUAAAAUUAAGGUGGCGGUGCAGGGGGCUGAGUCGCAAUAUAAGCUGGAAAUGACUCAGCUGCGUUCACAAAUUGAAGCGGCUGUUAGCGCUAUAGAAGACAGAGCAAAAAAAGAUGAAUUUGAUCAAGUAAUCUCCGACAUUGACACACCAUUCUCAAAACUCACUGUCGCCAUCACUACUAAAUCAGUGUUCCAAGACGAUGUAGCCGCCCGAGAAACUUAUUUUAAUAACCUUAAAGACGUUAUUAAUAAUACACUAGAAAACUUAAAAAUUGCAUAUCACAAAGCAUAUCAGAGUUCAGCAAAAUCGUAUCUUCAAAUAGCGAUUGGAAUGAUUAAAAAAAAGGUUGGAGAUGCGGAAUCGGCCUACGAGUUGGCGGUUAAGACUAACAUUCUUACCAUUAAGAAAUUGAUUAAUGGGGUUGAACAUUCAAAGUUGACACAAGCGGAAACUAGAAAGAAAUUAAGCAAAGACUUUGAUGAACCUUUCAGCACAUUGAUCUCUGCAGUCACCACGAAUUCUGCCUUCACGAACGAUGCAACAUCCCGUAAAAGGUGCUUUGAACAAUUACAAACUGUAAUAAUCCACACCAUGGAAACCCUCUCCGCCGCAUAUGAAAGGGCCUAUCAGAGCGCCGCGAAGACGUAUCUUAGACAAGAGACAAAGAAACUUAAGGAAGUUCUUAAUGCGGCUGAAGACCGUUAUGUGAAGGCUAUAAAAGGAGAUGUUGAAAAAAUUAUGACUGCAAUUUCAAGCAUCAAGGAUUCCCUGUUCAAGAGUGCAGAUCAUCGAAAGACUUUGGAAACAUUGUUCAUCGAACCAUUUCGAAAUCUGCAAGAGACUGUUAAAAAGAAUUCUGUAUUCAAAACAGAUUAUGAAUUUCGUAAUCAAUGUUACAAAAAACUCGAAUCAAUCAGUGUUGGAGUAAUUAGAACACUGGUUGAAGCUGCGAACAAGUUUGAGAAUUGUGUUGAGCUUGCAGAUCACUAUUUGAAAGAAGCCCUCAACAAUGCAAAACGUGGUAUUAAAACACAUGAAAACAACACACAGGUGCAAGUCAAAAAAAGUUUCGAAGACAUAAUUGAAGACGUCUAUAAAAUGUUUACCGUAGAGUGCAAAGCGCACUUAAGAGCCUUAAAGGAUUUGGUUAAGGAGCAAUUGAAAGAGAUAAAAACGAUACUUGCUUAUGAUGUCGCCAGUGGAGUCAAAGGUAUGCUAAAAAAACUUGGAGGUCAACUUUUGAAGAAAGUAAGAGAAAUUAGUUCCUCUCAAUCUACACUGAGGUGGGCGGCGAAGAAUCUUCGGGAUGGAUUUGAAGAGUUUUUUGACGACUUUGAACAAUUUGAUGAAGUGCAGGAGAUGAUGGCCAACAUUAACAAAGUGAAAGAGAAAUUGAAUUUACUCUUUCGACAACUUGAGGGUUCCCAGCACUUCGACCAUCUCGUCACAAACAAACGCGAGGACUUUGAAAAGGUGCUAGAAGCAUUCUCAGUUGAUACAUUCUCAGAUGCCACCAAAGCUGUCGUAUCACCCCUCAAGAGCGGCCUCCGCAACUUCACUGACCAACUCGGCCACGCGUACGUGAGUAGGUAUAGCGGUAUUAAAUUCCACGGUGACUUGUGGAAAACUAAACAGGUUGAGAACGGAGAAAAUCCCAACAACUUCAAGCAAUCUGUUGAAAAGUUAACCACUGAGGGCCGUAACUGCGCCAAGGUCUGCCUGACGAUUCUCGACAUUUUAGAUCGUGACUUGGUAGAAUUAAUGAAUAAAUGUGAUGGUGGUAGUCAGUGGAAUUGCUAUAAUAUCCAUUUAGGUCAAGUCAAAAAACCUCAUGAAAUACAUAAUCGACAAAACACGGGAAAAAUACAAAAUCCGCUCGGGCUCUUUUUUAGGGACUGUGGAUACACUGUUCCAUCUGAUGAAUUGAAGAACGAUGCCCAGUUGAAUAACAAGUCGGAAUUCAAAGGUAAGAAUAUUCAUGAUUUAUGUGUCGAGUAUAUUACCGGCUUGACGGAAGGAACGAAAAAGGUUUUGAACUUGCAUUACGAAGUCAAGGAUAACAAAAUAGAAUUCUACAAACUUCUUAAGGUUUGUUACACUAUGUUCGACAAGUAUCGCUACGUCAGCCACCUUAAGCAUAUUCCCAUCGCGAGAUCACCUACCAAUGUCAAUGAAAUGCUACAUUGGUUUACCGGCCUUUAUUGGAAUCCAGUUCAUAAGAAACUAAAAGAUCGCCUCAAUAGCUUGCUAAAAGAGCAAAUCGAUGAGUAUCAGUUGCCAAGUACGAAUAUACCGGCUACCAUGCCGUAUGGAGACUACUGGACCAGGGGAACUGUGAACAUCAUGGACUUCACUAAGGUAUUCGAGAAUGUAAUUACACGUUCACCUAGGAUAUUAGUGACGAUCCUGGGACAUGGUGACGCCGAUGGACGAUACGCCUGUGACUUCUUCACCAACCCAGAUGAUUUACUGUACCCAUCCAGCCCAGAUCAGUGCUUAGAUAUGCUCGUUGAUAUAGCGCUUAGAUUGAAUCACCAAAUUCGUUUCCUGUACAAAAUGUGUCACAACGGCAAACGCAGCAGUGGUUGGCGUGAUUGCCAAUAUGGUAAGCACAUCGCUGGGUCAGCAUGGAACUGCAACACGUACCAAUGUAAUGAGCAGGACUGCGACCAAAAGCACAAGCCAAUCGCCAACCAAACGGGUGACCAAAAUAGCAAGUGCGGCAUCAAGUCACCCCUCCAGUCCUUCUUGGAAGAUGGUUUGCCAGGCUUCCUACCACAUUCCUUCAAGAAGCCUGGUUGCAAAUUGGAAUGUUCGGUGAGCAAUCACAGAGGCAUACCGUGCAAAACGCCGAUGGGUUUCCGCGACCUCAGUAUAGUUGCCUCUCACAGACGAACCGGCCAGGCUCUUAGGAAAGUGCUUGAUGGGUUCUGUGGUAUAACUAACGAAUCGUUGAGCCUACUUUGCACCUAUUUCCUAUGCCUACUGCGCCGCCCACCGCAGACACUGUGUGACAUGUUCGCAUUCUACCACAACUUCCUGGAGCAGUGGACGGGUGCUUACGGGAAUCACGCCGAUGUCAAGAAACAUAAGAAGGAAGCAUUCGAGAAAGCCGUCAAGGAAGCCAACUUCAGUAUCGAGGACACCACGUUAGACGUCACAUCCUUACAAGAUGGAAGAGAUCACGGCAAGCACUACGAUGAUGGCAACAAGAAGCAUACCGGCGACCUGUUUAGUCUUAUAUGUUGUGAACCUGGGAAGCCUGCGACACUACCAUGUGGGUCAUAUCUGCAGCCUCUGUCUCUCGACAUCCGCUGCGUUUUCUCCUCAACGUACGCUUCACUGUACAUGUCGUGGAUUGUCUACAUGACUGAGACCUUUUAUAGCUUACUCAAAGAAUUAUAUGAGAAGUGCUGCAACAGCUGCAAUAAGAAGGGACGGAGAUGUUACGACCGCACUUGCGCUGAGAAGUGUGAAGUGAAGUAUACAUCAAAGACAGACUUCAAGACACUCAAGGAUCAAAAUCACACCAAUGAAUGCAGCUCAAUCGUCAACUGCCGCGAUACCCACGCUACUAUAUUCGCUGCCGGAUUCACUUUCGGCAGUCCUUUUGAAAUGAGUGGCGAGAAAAAUGACAACACUAAACGUACUUGCCAAGAUUUUUGCGAAGCGUUGAAAAAGGUAUGCUCCGACAGUUCUGUGCUCGCGAAACUAGUUCACGUCACGAUUCCCCAAUUUUUAUGGCAGAUCAGGGAGAAAUUCUUCUGGACUACCGUGGCUCUCUGGUCCGCCUCAUUCCUCUACCUCAUCUAUGUAAUGGUUGGCAGACUGGAUCUCCUCCACAUCAAAUCGCAUCUGCACUCACCUUCCUCCCAUCGCAUCGCCGCCCAAUCACUACUCGCCGCCGCACGUGUCGGCAAAAUUGCCAAGAUCACCUACCUGCAACCUUGA